UCCGGCGGCUUUUCUCUUAGUGCUCUAGGCUCCGACCUGCUUUUCUUCCUGCAACCGAGAGAACCCUCCUUUCCGAAGUGCCAGGAGUUGCCAGACUGAAGGGAUCCGGACUGAGCUAGUCCGGGUAACUGCACUGAGGCACCAUGACGACCCUGGAUGAUAAGUUGCUGGGGGAGAAGCUGCAGUACUAUUACAGCAGCAGUGAGGAUGAGGACAGCGACCAUGAGGACAAGGAAAGGGGCAGGGGUGCCCUGGCUGGCAGUUCCAUGCCUGCAGAUGCUGAGCUGGCAGGUGAAGGCAUCUCGGUCAACACAGGUCCGAAAGGCGUGAUCCAUGACUGGCGGCGCUACAAGCAGCUGGAGACAGAGCAGCGGGAGGAGCAGUGCCGGGAGAUGGAGAGACUGAUCAAGAAGCUGUCCAUGAGCUGCAGGUCCCAUCUGGACGAGGAGGAGGAGCAGCAGAAGCAGAAGGACCUCCAGGAGAAGAUCAGUGGGAAGAUGACUCUGAAGGACUUUGCCAUGCUGAACGAGGACCAAGACGACGAGGAGUUUCUGCAGCAGUACCGGAAGCAGAGGAUGGAAGAGAUGCGGCAGCAGCUCCACAAAGGGCCGCAGUUCAAGCAGGUUUUUGAGAUCCCCAGUGGAGAAGGCUUUCUGGACAUGAUCGACAAAGAGCCGAAGGGCACCCUCAUCAUGGUCCAUAUAUACGAGGACGGCAUCCCGGGGACCGAGGCCAUGAACGGGUGCAUGAUCUGCCUGGCUGCCGAGUACCCGGCCGUCAAGUUCUGCCGGGUGAAGAGCUCGGUGAUCGGGGCCAGCAGCCGCUUCACCAGGAACGCCCUGCCUGCCCUGCUGAUCUACAAGGGCGGCGAGCUGAUUGGCAAUUUCGUUCGUGUCACCGACCAGCUGGGGGAAGAUUUCUUUGCCGUGGACCUGGAGGCAUUCCUGCAGGAAUUUGGAUUGCUCCCAGAAAAGGAAGUCUUGUUGCUAACGUCGGUGCGCACCUCGGCCUCCUGCCACAGCGAGGAUAGCGAUUUGGAAAUAGAUUGAGUGGCUGGUCUAGUUGCACAGAUCCCUCAUUGUUUGGGCUCCAAGAUGCACGUCUCUGUGUUGAUUUUGGCUCUUUUCUGUGUCUUCUGGCUUUUCAGCUGUUCUUUGUAGUCCCUCUUAGGAUAUGCAAAGUCAGGAAAUGCUCAGAUUAAAUCAGAAUGCUGAAUCACCUCGCGGCUAGCAAUAACGUGACUUAAGGUUGUAAAAACAAGACGCCAGGCUUUUGAACUAUUUACUUAAGAUUCUCUAGCAUGACAUCUCUGUUAUUGUUUCCAGUGAAUAUUUACACAGCAUCCUAAAAUCCAUCCCCUGGAAACUGUCUUCAUAUGCUCUCAGAGGUCUCCACCAGGUCCGGGAGUAUAAUUCUAUAGUUAGUGUAUUAUUUGCAACAUAAAUACUGUAUUUCCUUCAUCAAAUGAUUGUAGAUUAUAUUUACUUUAAUCAGACUCAUACUCUCAGACGGCAGUUAAAUUAUUCCCCCCCACCCCCUGCCGCCCCGCGGCCUGGACCUGUUCUCUCCAAGGGUCUUGUUUAAAGGUUCCAGACCACAUGUGUUUGUACCAUCAAGAGCUCCUGCUGUGGCACAAUGGCUUAAGGAUCUGGCGUUGCCACUUUGGGGUGGGUCUCAGCUGUGGUUCAGAUUCAUCCCUGGCCUGGGAACUUCCAUAUGCCACAGGUGCUGCCAAAAAAAGAAAAUAAAGGGAGAGGGAAACUUUGCCACAGGAAUUGAUGUCCCACUUAAGCAUUAUUAAGUCUGUAGUAAGAGGAAGAAUUGGGGUGGACUGGCCUCUUGAUGCUGGAAGACCAGCUUGACUGAAAAAUUAGAACUGGGAUGGAGCUGGGAUGGAGCUUUUCAGAGGAAGAUCUCUCAAUAAGAGAUUCCUGCUCAUCCUUUUCUGUUUCUCUUUUACUUAGCAAAGCUUUUUGUUUGUUUAAUGUAGCUUUUUAAAAAAUUCUACAUGUUGGAAGCAUAACUAAUAUCUGAUAUAGGAAAAUUUACCAAAAUAUAGAAGCAAAAAUAACGUUAGAAUAAUCUCUAAUCCUACCACUAGGAUAAAACACUAUCCAUAUUUUGGGAGUCUUUCCGUCCAAGGUGUUUUCUUUAUAUGCACAGACGUUUUGUUUGCUUGUUGUUGAACAAACCGUGGGAUCAAUUUUGACCAUACUGUUUUAUCGUAUGGUCAGCUAAUAUGUCAAACUCUUUUCCAUGUUAUUAAAUGCAACAUUUUUAAAUGGCUGUUUAUUCUGUUGUAUAGACGUGCUGUAAUAUGCUCGGCGGUUGUCUCUCGAAAAGGAAAACAGCAAAGACUUUUUAUCACAAAAGUAUUCAGUGUUCAUUGUAGAAAAUGCAACAGAAAUUGGUAAACUAAAAAGAGACUUAAAAAGCCUUAUAAUUCUACCAACCAAAAAUAAUCCCUGUUAUCAUUUUUAUAGGUAUCUUUCUGGUCUUCUUUCUCUGUGUUUAUAAUAAUGAUUGUCUUUUGAGUUUUUUUCCUCUUGUUUUUUACUUUAAAACAUGUACCUGGCAGGGUCAGGGAAAAUGUAAUGUGGAAUUAAAUGUUAGCUUUGAAAUUCACAGUUUGGCUUUUCCUGGCUCUUUAGGAAUUGACUAACUAUAGUAUCUCUUGUAGUUAAUCAAUAAAAAGAAAGUGCAUGUUUUUUUUUUUUUUUAAAUUAUAAAAUCUCAUUGUAGAAAGUGUGUGGAAAGUAUAGAAAAUUAUUAGAAGCAGAGACAGUUGUUAACGUUCUUGUUUAUUUCCUUCCAGUUUUUUCGUUAAUAACAUUGAGAGCUUAUUGAAUUUUGUUGUGUUUGACUUAAUGUAUCAUAAACGCUUUGACUGUUAUAAGAAUUCUAAAUAAAUUAUUUGUAAUUCCA